CACGUCACCAGCCUCCACGUCAUAUAUAAGUGGAUUCUUGAUCUUUUUCCCACACGCUCGUCAGUCUGUCUCUUUACUCUCCAAAAAUUCGUUCAGAAAUCAGAGUAAUGGUCUCAAAGUCAAGCACAUCUUCUUCCAAAUUUAGAGGAACGGAUACCAUGGCAAACUUGACUUCUAAAUUAAUGCAGCUAAGAAGGCAGAUGCAAUCCGAAAGAGUUGCUUCCGUUGGAGAAAAACUUGAGAAAAACAGCACAAGGGUUCAAGCUUAUGUUUCUGACCUCAAAGCUUUGGCUGCAUCAAGGAAUGACUUUAAUGUGGUCAAUGAUUCUGUCAAUUUCCUCUCUUUAAGAAUGGACAAUCCUCUCUGCAAAGUCGGCGGGCUUACUCAAGGAUCUGUGGACAGGGAUAAUGUUGACAAUGAAGAAGUUGUAUUUUCUACCACCGCCAAGCUUCCUCUGAUUGAGAAGCUGCCGCCAUAUACUACAUGGAUUUUUUUGGAUAGAAAUCAGAGAAUGGCUGAUGACCAGUCAGUUGUAGGGAGGAGACGUAUUUACUAUGAUCAACAUGGUAGUGAGGCACUGAUCUGUAGUGACAGUGAAGAAGAACUUGGAGAGCCAGAGGGGGAGAAACAUGAAUUUUCAGAGGUAGAAGAUCGAAUUCUGAGGAUGGCUUCAGAGGAGUUUGGGGUUGGUGAUGAAGUUCUCAACGCAUUGACCCAGUUUGUUGGAGGAACCUCUCGCGAGAUCCAGGAGCGUUGCAACAUGUUCAUGGAAAAGGACCGGAUUAUGGGGAAACACAAGCUGCAAAGUUCUGGGGAAGAGGGAUCUGAAGAUAAUGUAUUCUUGGACAAAAGUCUGAGUGCUGCUUUAGAUUCUUUUGAUAAUCUAUUUUGUCGCCGUUGUCUGGUUUUUGACUGCCGCUUGCAUGGUUGUUCUCAAAUUCUAAUAUACCCUAGUGAAAAACAAUCCUUCCCAUCUGAUACCGAAGAGGACCGUAAACCGUGUGGUGAUCAGUGUUAUCUUUGGUUGAAUGGUUUGAAAGACUUGCCCAAGCAUUCGCCUGUUCCUUUGGAUGGGUCUCAAAGUAAAGCAUCAAAUGAGGAAGCACAUAAUCUGGAAAGCAAAGGAAAGCACACAAUAUAUGAAUCUACAAGUUUAUUGGCCAAAGCAUCAAAGGUGGCUCCAGACGACUUCCUAAGUUCUUCCAAUAAGAGACUGAAGUUGGGUGUUCAAGAUCCUUUAGAUCAUAGUACAACUACAGUGGAUCAGUUCCCUGAAGUGGGACCACCCGACGAACAUGAACUCCAGAUGUCCACCUCUACUCCAGUGCAUGCUUUUUACAAGCACAAUGUAGAUGCACUAAGGGAGGCAUGCAAUACCAUUGGAAACUCAAUUAAAGCUCCACAUAGACGGAGCGAAUGGAAGACUUUUGAGAAAGACUUAUACUUGAAGGGAUUAGAGAUAUUUGGAAGAAACAGUUGCCUUAUAGCCAGGAGUUUGCUCCCUGGUCUGAAAACUUGCAAAGAAGUCUCCAGAUACAUGUAUGGUGAUGGGGCUGUUAUGCCUCGUGGAUCUUCAGCUAUUCUGAGCUCUUUCUUCGAAGAUGUUGGAAAAGCUGACAUGGAUUAUCUGGAGCCAGAUAUGCUUGUCAAGUCAAGAGUGUGCCGUAAGAGGGGCAGAGCACGCAAGGUUAAGUCUUCGUGGAAGUCUGCUGGCCAUCCAUCUCUAUGGCGAAGGAUUGCAGAUGGAAAAGACCAGCCAUGUAAACAAUAUACUCCAUGUGGGUGCCAGUCCUUGUGCGGGAAGCAGUGCCCUUGUCUGAAAAAUGGAACUUGCUGUGAGAAAUAUUGCGGGUGCUCAAAAGGCUGCAAAAACCGGUUCAGAGGAUGCCACUGUGCUAAAAGUCAAUGCAAAAGUCGGCAAUGCCCAUGCUUUGCAGCUGGACGCGAAUGCGAUCCAGAUGUUUGCCGAAAUUGUUGGGUUAGCUGUGGGGAUGGUUCAUUAGGCGAACCACCAAAGCAAGGAGAUGGCCAGUGUGGUAACAUGCGGCUCCUUCUGAGACAGCAGCAAAGGAUACUCUUAUCAAAGUCUGAUGUUGCUGGAUGGGGAGCCUUUCUCAAGAACUCUGUCAACAAAAAUGAUUAUCUUGGAGAAUAUACUGGUGAAUUGAUCUCCCAUCGGGAAGCAGAUAAGCGAGGAAAAAUCUAUGAUCGAGCAAACUCAUCAUUCCUUUUUGACUUGAAUGAUCAGUAUGUCCUUGACGCCUACCGCAAGGGAGACAAAUUGAAAUUUGCAAACCAUUCAUCAACACCAAACUGUUAUGCGAAGGUGAUGUUGGUGGCUGGUGACCACCGUGUUGGUAUUUUUGCCAAUGAGCGUAUCGAAGCUGGUGAAGAGCUCUUUUAUGAUUAUCGUUAUGGUCCAGAUCAAGCACCUGCAUGGGCUCGGAAGCCUGAGGCUUCAUCAAAGAGAGAUGAUUCGCUGGCCCCUCAAGGUCGAGCAAAGAAGCACCAAUCUGGCUGAGGAAGCACUCUUAUCGUAGCUGCUUUAAUGUCUGACUGUGCAGGCCUUGCUGUAUGCUUCACAUGUAAUCUAUUAGACAGAAUAAAUAAAACUUGUACAAUUGAAAAUUCUAGUGCUAUACAAAUGUAUCAUUAUGCUCAUUUUCUUUAUUUUCUCUUUACAAAGAAGAAUACAAGUGUGUACACUUGAACUUGUCAAUGUAUACCUGCAACAUGUGCAUGUGAAUCACGCUAGUUCAGUAUA